CUGUGUCCAAUAUAAACCCACGCAUCCAUCUACCAUUUCCUAAUUCCUAUAUAGUGCUAUCCUACACUCAUUUCCCCCGGAUCAGAGCCUAAUCCAAAUCACAGAGUGACACCAACGGUUGGGGGAGAGAUUUUUCCGGAAAAUUUUCUAGGGUUUCCAAAGCCAUGGGAGGAGGAGCAGCUGUAAGAGCGGCGACGAAGGUGGCCGGAAUCGGAGUCGUGAACGGUGGCAUCCGUGGCGUGACCGCCAUGCCGCCUGCCGAGCAGUCGGUGCGGAACGCCUCGCGUCCCGUCUCGGCUAUCUUGUCGGCUUCGUCAUCGGAGGGGGUCAAGGCCGGCUCUGUUGACGCGUCGGCAGCGCAUGUUCCGGCGGUGUGGGACGACUGGGACUUCGCUGAGGAAGAGCUGGUGAUGGCUUCGGAGGAGCCUAAGCCAAGGAUAGUCUUCGGAAGCGUGCCGAGCCUCCAGGAGGCGAAGGAGGCGACCACUGAAUUGAAAGACGCUCUUGAAAAGGUAUAUCUGUCACCACCUAACUCCACCGGAUUUGAUGAUCCAUUUGCUGCUGAUCAUGUUUCUGGACUUUCAAACCCUGAAUCAUGCCUCCUCUUUGAAGCGACACCAACUCCCGUGACAAAAUCUGUACAUCAGGCAUUCAAGUUGCUCAGUGGAAGCCCUGAAGUUCAGACUGUUGUGGCUUCCAUUGCCUCUGACCCAAAGGUCUGGGAUGCUUUGUUGGAAAAUCCUGUGCUUAAGGAUUUCAUGCAGUCACAGCAGAGAAAUGCUGCGAUUCCGGAGAUUGAAGAGAUUCAGGAGGUUGAACAGAUUCGAGAGAUUGAAGAAUUAUCUGAAUCAAGUCAAACUGGGAAGUCAAAGAAUGUGUCGAUGUUGGAGAGCAUUAAGCUUAGAGUUGUUGAGAUGGUGAGCAACGCGUCCAAUUACCUCCAGAACAUCUUUGGAUUUUCAAAAGCAGAGGAAAUUUCUUCCGAGGACAACGGAAGCACCGGAGCGACUACCGUGGAAAAGACCCUAGGUGCGUCCUUAAUGGGGUUGGCGGUGAUGGUUGUUAUGGUGGUUGUGUUGAAGCGUAUCUAGACUUUAUAGGUAUCAUUGCUGUGAAUUUGUCGAGAUUGCAAAUGCAAUGUGGUUUUUCUACCAGGAUGCCAUAAUAUUACAUAAAUAAAGGAUUGUGUUUUAUGCCAAAAGUUUCUUUUGGUAGUUCAAUAGUAGCCAAAUUGCUAA